CCGACAUGCCCCAACGCCUAUUUAUUUAGUUAUGUUUAUACGUUUGUUUACUCAAGUUAUGACUUACUGAAAGAUUUACUGCCACCGUUUUCAAUUACAUACCUAGUCAUCCGAUUUGGCUAAUAUUCACACAGUCAUUCCUUAAUCCCCUGGUAUUUUAUAUUUUUAUUCRUUGCCACAAAGCUUUUUAUUUGUAUUAAUAUUAUUGUUUGAUAUUUCCAAUUUUUAUAUUUGAAUGCAAAUCUCAAUUAAAAGAUUGCUUAAUUAUCUGAACCUUAAAUACUAAAUUAAAAUAAUCAAUUGUCAUUAUUAAUCAUCCAUAUCAUGGGACGCAAGAAAAUUAAUAUUUCCAAAAUCACGGACAAACGAAACCUUCACGUGACAUUUAACAAACGCAAAUUCGGUAUCAUGAAGAAAGCUUACGAGUUAAGCGUAUUAUGUGAUUGUGAAGUAGCAGUGAUUGUUUUCAACAAGUCCAACAAGUUGUUCCAGUAUGCUAGUACAGACAUAGACCAAGUAUUGCUUAAAUAUGCUGAAUAUGGUGAUGACCCAUUUGAAUCACUGACAAACACUAAUAUAAUUGCUGAAUUAAAAAAGACCAGAGGAGAAAAUUCUGGAAACUCUAAGCCUGCUUUUUCAAGUGUUAUUGAUGAAACAAAAGCAAAAAAUCAACCRAAACAAGYUAACGUUGUGUCUACUCCUAGUAUUAAAGUUAAACGCAACGUUAUUUGUGAUAAAGAAUUAGCAUUUCUUAUGUCACACGGAGAGAAUAUUUUGAAUGAUGAUAAAAACAAUGAUUCUAAAGGCCAUGAAAUAUGUGAGUUUAUUCCUGACGUUCCUGGCAGUCCUGCUCACAAACUUGAAAAAGGUUUAGGAAAAGUAGAAGGAAGUCACUCUAUUGAAAAUUCUGAACAAGUUACUUCCAAGAUGUCAGAUACGAGUGACGACGAGUGGAAAAUAGACAGUGGUGCUGACAAUGAUUCUGAAGAUAUAGAUGACGGAUUACAUACAAAGAUCAAAAGCAUUGAUUCUMCAACCACUUCACGAUACACUGACAAAUAACCCAAUACCUAAGUUUUGAAAAUAAGUUAUGUAGAAUAACUAUAAUUUUUAAUUCCUGUUUAAAACUUAACGUAACAAAUGUAAGAUUAUAAAACUUUUUAAUUAAGCAAUAAA